AUGAGGUUCUUAUGUCUUCACGGUGCCGUUGGCAAUAUCGAUAAUAUUAAUAUUCAGCUUGGCCCGCUAGUGAAGCAGAUGGCCAUAGAGGGGUUUGCUUCAUUCCACUAUAUCAACGGUCCUGUCCCUGUGUCUCCACCGGCAGGGUUCGCGGAGUAUUUUGGCAUUGGGCCGCAUUACCGGUGGUUGGAGGAUGGAGGAGCAGCAGAGGACUCAAUGAUAGCCCGUGUUCGAAAAUCUCCCCACGGUUCUUCUCCUGAAGACAUGAUGAGAAUGCUGGGCAAAAACUGGGAUGGCCAUUGGAAUAAUCACUAUGAAGUCAUGGAGUACCUUUAUGACACGCUGGAGCAGAAUCCCGAUAUCGAAGGCAUCGUCGGAUAUAGUGAGGGUGCUACGAUGGCUGCGAGUCUAAUCUUGGAUGAGGAUAGAAAGUCUCAAGAGACUGGCCGUCCUCGUCGCAUAAAAUGUGCGAUCUUUUUCACUGGCUGGCCUCCUCUCUCACCCGAAGAGGACGUGGUCCUCGCAGAUGAGAGCGAUUAUAUUCUGGACAUUCCAACACUUCAUGUGGUUGGUGCAGAUGACCCCUACCGAUACGGCGCACUAGCCUUGUUCAAUAUUUGUGACCCUGAUACCGCAGCGAUGUUCGACACUGGACGGGGCCAUACCAUUCCCAGGUCCGGUCCGGUCAUAACUGAGUUGGGAAAUGCCCGCCCAGUUGGGAUGGUGUGCUACCCACCAGCUGAUAUUGUAGCCCCUCCGGGCGAUAACAUUCUCUCCAAAACGGCUCAUGUCCCAAUUGGAAACUUGCCUGUUGCAAUUUCACUCUUCCGAAUCACUGGUUGGUUUCUCGGCCAACAUCAGAUUCGGUCCGCGAUCAAGCUAGGCUAUGACAUGCUAGGUCGUAGAUACCGAUCUCAAAAGGGCUGGCUGCGUGCUUUGACGUUUAAAUUCUACAAAAUGCAUGACGCGAUAGUGAAGAUCACUUGGAUACUGUUAGCUACCACCUUGAUAUUGACCCAGACUCAUGCUCAGUCUGUGUCUGAGGCUGAAUGCGCGACGGGUGUUCAUGCCAUUAUCGCCAGGGGGCAAGGUCAGGGUGAUGAUUUGAAUGUGCUGGUCACUCUUUCAGACUUGAUCCUGAAGCAGAUCCCCGGCUCGACAAUCAUCGGCUUACCCUAUGAUCAUGGAAACGUCUUAACCGACAUUGACAAGCUGCACACGGUUCAUGACGGUACUGUUCUAAUGCAGCAGUUCGUGCAGGAUGAGGUUGGACUUACCUUCGUUGGUCCUCUUGCGCCAUUCUAUAACUCGAUUAUCAUUGCUGCAAUUGCGUAUGGUGAUAUAACAUACGUUCCUGGUAUGCCGUGGAAUGUGGGUAAUUGCGCAUUGGGUAUGGGACUCCUUCCCCGCAUGAACUCAACUUUGUGUGGGCCUUUUGCUAGCUCGAUGCAGAGCUAUUGUGAUUACGGCGAUGCCCAAUGCUGCUCGCCAUACCCAGAAGACGGCAAUGCCGCACACCAUGCCUACAUAUGGAAGUACAAUCAGAAGGUCGUAGACUUUAUCAAACACCGUUUGGCCACCACUAGGCACUAG